AUAUGGUUCUGACUUUACGGCUGCCAUGGUAAAACAAGCAGUCAUGUUUGAUCGUUUUGUUGAUUUUACCUAUGUGAAAAAGUUCAGUAAGGAACUGGAUGCUCAAAUCAAGAAAGAAAUAGCACAGUUUCGUGAUAUUUUGCGGGCCAGUCAAGGACUACACUCAGGGCAGAUCAGUUUAGAGUUCUACCACAAGCACAAGGGUCGGUGGCCAUUCCAAGCUGACAGUUUUCCAUGGAAAGUGUGGAGCGUCAAACUAAAUGUGAUCACUCUACAUAAUGAAAAUGAUCGAUCCGAGUUCAAAACCAAACUUUUUGAGCAGCUUUCGGAUAAGGUGUUCAGCAUUAUUGAUGUGAUAAAUCGUCAUGAAUGUUUGCCACGUAUGCCAGCUAGAGAGGAGGAAGGCACGCCAUAUUUGUUCAGGAUCUACCACCAGACUACUGGUCCUUCUCCAACAUUGUAG